AUGUUGAAUUCGUGGCAGACUCUAACUGAAGGCUUCAAUGGCAUGCUGAAGGCUGAUAGGAGCAUGACCACCAAAACGAGCAUGACCACCGAAAGGAAUGAAGAAGAGCUCUGCCGCAUGCAUGAAGAAUGGAUGGUGAAGUUUAAGCGAACAUACGCGAAUGCUGAGGAGAAGGAGCAGCGCUUCGUGCUCUUCAAAGAGUCGGUGGAAAAUUGCGACCGUUACAAAGAGCAGUACGAAGGGUGCAGAUUUGCACCAGGUUGGCUCGCUGAUAGGACUCAAGAGGAGUGGGAUGCCAUAUUGCCCCCUAUGAAACCUAUGGACAACAGAUGGGAGGAGGGAAAGAUAGUCACUAGGAGGGGGGGGAGAAUGACAGUCACUCGGAGGGAUGUCUCCAAGCCGCCCAAUUGUGGCGAAUGCUGCUAUACUGGGAGGGAUGUCGUCUCCGAGACAUAA